CAGCUGAUGACUAACUUGCGAUUGUGUAGAAAAAAGAACAGCCUGAAGAAAAAAGCCCUUGGUUGCACAUCUCAAGGAGAAAAAGUUUUUUAAAACUUUAUCUUUUGGUAUUUAUCUCGCUCUUUUAAUUUUCAAGCUCUCAUAACAAGCAUUUGUUUUCACUGCAAAUAGAAGUAUUGUAAACAAUGUCGCCAGCUCAGACCACUGUGCAUGACGCAGUGCCCAACUCGCGCACGAUCAACGAGAACGCCAGCAUGCCCAAGGAGCCCGAAACAGUCACCAACUCACCCACCAACGGCCUCGCCACCACGAUAACCACGGGAGCAGCACACCCGCCAGCAGACCACCCGGACUACCUGCAGCUGAUCCUCAACUCAUACGUCUACGACGUAGCCACGGAGACCCCGCUAACCCACGCAGUGAACCUCAGCACACGUUGCCAAAACGACAUCUUUCUUAAACGCGAAGACCUCCAGCCCGUCUUCUCAUUCAAGAUCCGCGGCGCCUACAACAAGAUCAGCCAUUUAACCGAGGAGGAGAAGGCGCGCGGAAUCAUAGCCUGCUCCGCAGGCAACCACGCCCAGGGCGUAGCAAUGUCUGCCCAGUACCUGGGCAUCAAGGCCACUAUAGUGAUGCCGCUGCUGACUCCAGAGAUCAAAUGGCGCAAUGUGCAGAGGCUCGGGGCCGAAGUCGUCCUGCAUGGAACCGGGUUUGACGAGGCCAAAGUGGAGUGCAGCAGAUUGGAGAAGCUCCAUGGGCUAACCAAUAUCCCGCCCUUCGACGACCCCCUGGUGAUUGCUGGACAGGGCACUAUUGCGAUGGAGCUUUUGCGGCAGCGCAAGUCCACGGAUAUCGACAUUAUCUUUGUGGCUGUGGGUGGCGGUGGGCUGAUCGCUGGCAUUUCCGCGUAUGUUAAGCGCGUCUGGCCGGCGAUCAAGAUAGUUGCUGUCGAGACCGUUGACUCCUGCGCCAUGGCGCAGUCCCUGAAAGCCGGCCGCAGGCUCGUGCUGUCUGAAGUUGGCUUGUUCGCCGAUGGCACUGCCGUGUGUCAGGUUGGCCGCGAGUGCUUCCGCGUGGCCAAGGAUCUCAUCGACGACGUCGUCCUGGUAACCAAUGACGAGGUAUGCGCGGCCAUCAAGGAUGUGUUCGAGGACACCCGCAGUGUCCUCGAACCCUCCGGCGCCCUGGCCACUGCCGGGCUGAAAAAAUAUGCGCGCGUCCAUGGGCUUACGGGGAAAUCCCUGGUGGCGAUUACGUCCGGAGCUAAUAUGAACUUUGAUCGGUUACGUUUUGUUGCUGAGCGUGCGGCAAUGGGAGAGCAGAAGGAGGUGUUGAUGUCCGUGGUCAUUCCCGAACGGCCUGGCAGCUUCCAUGGCCUGCACGAUGUCAUAUACCCGAGGGCCAUCACCGAGUUCACCUACCGGUACAGCAACCCUGGGAGCGCGCAUAUCUUCAUGUCCUUUGAAGUCAAGGACCGUAUUGCUGAGGUCAAGGGCAUUGUGGCUAAACUGGCGGCGCAAAAUAUGUCGGCCACGGAUCUGACAGACAAUGAGCUGGCGAAAUCGCAUGCUCGGUAUAUUGUUGGUGGCCGUAGCUCUGUGCCAAAUGAGUUUAUGAUUAGGUUCGAGUUCCCGGAGCGCCAUGGUGCGUUGAAGAAGUUCCUGAGUGGGCUGAGAUUUGAUUGGAAUAUCUCGCUGUUCCAGUACAGGAACUUUGGCCAGGAUGUCGCCAAGGUUCUUGUGGGCAUCCAGGUGCCGCCAUCCUCCCAGGAGGAAGGGACAGAGAAGGGUGAAUCGGCAGCAUUGCAGUCUGGCGAAAUCCCUGCGGCCCUGCAGCGUUUCUUGGAUGAACUCGAUUACCGUUAUGUUAACGAAACCAAUAACCCAGUGUUCCAACAGUUUAUGCGCUGCUAAAUGUAAUUUUCCAUUUUUUCAGUCGUGAUUUUUUUCCCUACUAUAAAACUCGAGUUGUAAAAAAA